CGCAACGGAGCUGUUGAGACCACCUCACCUUGUCCUCGGCCACUCGACUCUCGUCUUCUAACAUCUUCAACGACACACCUGGUCAUCUCCUGUUUCCAUAAUUGCAUUCAGUUAACCCCGCUGGGUGCUUUGGAUGGGAUUCACUCCUUGAAAAUCACGAAAAAUUCAACGGCGUUGCUGCUCUUCUCGAUUAGGCCACACGCCUCCAUAAACAGACUCAUUACUCUCUCUAGACUCUUUUGCAAUCGAGUCUUGCCAGAAUGACGCUCUAUUACAGUCUCGUUUUCCUCCUUCUCGUCUUCGAGAUGGCCGUCUUUAUGGCCCUCAUCGUCCCGCUUCCCUUCACCGUCAAGCGGAAGAUCUUCACUUUCAUAUCGGAAAGUCCAGUGAUAGCUAAGUUGCAGUAUGGGCUGAAGAUUACCUUCAUCUUCAUCCUUAUCCUCUUCAUUGACAGUGUCAACCGCGUCUACCGUGUGCAGAUUGAGUUGGCUGCCUUCGCUAAGGAUGGUAGCAGCCUCGGAGCUGCUGCCCUCGGUUCCGAACGCAUGGAGGUUCAGGCCCGCAAGUUCUACUCCCAGCGCAACAUGUACCUGUGCGGCUUUACUCUCUUCCUUUCUCUGAUUCUCAACCGUACCUACAUCAUGAUCCUUGAUGUUCUCCGUCUCGAGGACAAGGUCAAGCAGCUCGAAGGUGAUGGCAAGGCCGGCGGCAAGGACUCUGCCCGUUUGGCUCAGGCUGGCGGCAUUGGCGAGAUCGGCCGUCUCAAGAAGGAGCUUGAGGCCAAGGACCGUGACAUCGAGACUCUGAAGAAGCAGGCUGAGGGACUAUCCCGCGAGUACCACAACCUGGGCGAUCAGGUCUCCCCUGCCGACAACACUCCAAAGAAGGACCGAUAAACGCGACAAUGAAGGGCAAAGAUGCUAUUCUGCCCGCAUACCAGAAGCAUUGAGCCUUGGGGGUCGUCUCGCCAUGCUUCGCUACAGCCGUGACUAGCCCAGAUAUCGUCUUCGGGGCCGUCGCCCCUCCACGCGGCUCCCGGUGCCAUUUGAUCUCCCGUCUCGUUCCUUUGGAGAAUACUAGUCUACGAAAAGUAGGCCGCUAGUAUAUCCGCUCCAUGUCAAAUGAUCCGAUUCAAACUUCCAGAGCGAUAACUUUGUCAUCUCUUAAAAUGUAUCUUAAGCAUGCAUGUAUGUAUCUAGCCAACGCCAGAGUCUACGUGAGCAACACAUCCUAUUUCCAUUAUGUGCACGCUGCACCAAUUGACAGUUGUAUCUUAUUCGAAAAAUACAUAAAUGCAGUGGAUCCUCAGUGGAUUAGAUA